CCGUUUUAAAAAAAAAAAAAAAAAAAAAAAAAAAGGGAGGAGGGGCAGGAGAAGGAGCAGGAGCGGGGCUAUGGCGGGAUCUUUGUCAUGUUGUUUGGCGGAGGAGGAGUGGGAAAGGGAGCGGGAGAAGGAGCGGGAGCGGGGCUAGGCGCGGGAAGCAGAGUGGGCGAAGGAGGGAAGGAGGGACGGGGCGAAGAGCAGGAUAAGCAGCGGGAGAAGGAGGAGGAGCAGGAGGAGCGGGAGGAGCAGCAGGAGGGGGAGCGGGAGAAGGAGAGGAAGGAGGGGAGGAAGGAGGAGUGGGAGAAGGAGCGGGAGUUGGGCUAUGGAGGGAUCUUUGUCAAGUUGUUUGGCGGAGGAGGGGCGGGAGCAGGAGGAGGUGUGGGAGGAGCGGGAGGAGUGGCAGAAGGAGUGGGAGAAGGAGUGGGAGGGGGAACAGGAAGGGGCGGAAGAGGCGCGGGAGGAGGAGCGGGAGGAGGAGUGGGAGGAGGAGCGGCAGGGAAAAUGGGGAGGGGGUUAGGAGCGGGAGGACCGAGAGGGAAAACGGGACGGGGCGGAGCCUCGGAGGAGGUGCUGGAGGAGGAACGGGAGAAGGAGCGGAAGGGUUGAAAAGGGUUGGGGUGGACAUUGAUUGAUUGAUUGAUUGAUUGAUUGAUUGAUUGAUUGAUUGAUUGAUUGAUUGAUCGAUCCCAAAAAAAAAAAAAAAAAUCGCCCCGUUCUCCUUUUUUGUUUCUUUUUUUCAAUCAAUCAAAUCAACUCUC